AUGCAGGUGUGCUCACCCGUCAACAUGAGGCUUCUGCUGCUCCCGCCCCAAAUACAAACAGGUACACACAUACACAGAUACACACAAAACACACACUAUUUUGGAAUGUUCCCCUAUUUACAUGUUCGUGUGUAUGUUUGUUGUGUGUCAGAGGUGAGGGUUGAUAAGCCAGUGUUUGAGAAGAGGCGUCUGGUGUGGGAGGAGGACAUGCAGAUGCACUCCAAGUUCCUGGACAGAAAGGUGACAUAUUUGUUUUUCCCUACACCCUACCAUUAUCCCUUACUCUCACCUUUGCCCCUUACCCUUAAACCACUAACCCCUAACAUUCCAACAUGACCUGACAUGUGUGUGUUUCAGGUGGAGUUGAAGGCAGAGCGUGUCUCGCACCUGAGGCAGAACCCAGAGCUCCCCGCCAUUAUGGCCAACUUUUUGCUGUUUCUAUUACUAUGA